GUGGCUCUCCGUGGCCCCAAACCCCUGCACACGCCACGCAACCGCCAGCCAGCCAUCCCCGUCCUCCUCCUCCUCCCACCAAACCGAACUCCCCACACCACAGACACAGAGCAAGAACUCCCCACACCGCCACACGCGUCCCUCAGCUCACCUCUCUCUCGUCUCCGUCUACUCCGUUUCCUCCUCCCCUCCACACCACUUCUCUCCCCCUCUCCACUCUCCACCAGAUUUGCCUCGCCACACCACGCCGCCCUCCACCUUUAUGCCGCCGACGCCCGCAUGCCCAUGGCGCCAACCGCACGGCCGCCGCGCCGCCCCGCGACCCUGACGCUCCUCCUGCUCCUCCUCCUCCUCUCCUCCCCGUCCCUCCCCUUCUCCUCCGCGGACUCGCCGCCGUCGACCCCGGCCCCGCGCCACGCGCAGGUCGCGUCCGACGACGCCGACCAGCUCCCCUCGCCGCCGCGGCACGGCGGCCACCACCACCACCACCACCACCGGCACCCGCCGCCCCCGCCGCCGAAGCGCCGGCUCAACUUCGGCGAGAGGCUCGGGAUCGCCUUCGCCGGGGUCGCCGCCGCAAUGCAGCUGCUCCUCGCCGCCUUCCUCGCCCUCCGCGCCUGGCAGCUGCGCCGGCUCGACCGGGCCGAGGUCUCCUCCUCCACGCCCCUCACCUGACCCCGUCAGGUCCGUGAUCUGCUGUUAACCGUCGUCCGCGAUCUGAGAAUUCGUCGUCGUUGUAAAGGAAGGAAAGCAAUGAACAUACAGUAUUAUUCUUCUCCAUUAAUUCCA